GCGGAAGUGGGCGUGGCUUACGUUUAGUUAUUUCGAUGCAGGCUAGUCUAUGUUAGCUAGCUACGUGACUUGGCUAGCUAUCCAAAUCUAACAUUAGUAACACUGUCAUGGUAACAAAUGCUAUAUAAAAAAAUUAACAUUAAUUAGAUAUAUUGAUAAAAGCAGAGUCAACACAACAACUACGACCAGAGAGUGAUAUAACAGACUUUCAAGCACCAUGGAGGAGCAAGAAAAUACCAUGAUAGAUGUGACUGUGAAAACUCUGGACUCUCAGAGCAGAAGCUAUACUGUGAGAUCACAGAUCACUGUGAAGGAGUUUAAAGAGCACAUAUCACCCUCAGUGGGAAUACCUGUUGACAAACAGAGGCUGAUCUACCAGGGAAGAGUGCUUCAGGAUGAGAAAACUCUGGCAGAAUACAAUGUAAAUGGUAAAGUCAUUCACCUGGUGGAGCGAGCUCCACCCCAGACGACUCCGUCAGGAUCAGGUUCGGGGGGAGUACCCGUGACUUCAGGAGGCUCACAGACCGGAAACACCACAACUCCUCAGGCCAUGGCUCACGGAGCCACACAUGAUCGCAAUGCUAAUAGCUAUGUUAUGCUUGGUACCCUUAAUCUCCCAGUGAACAUCAUGGACCCCCAGCAAAUUCAGAUGUCUAUCCAGCAGAUAAUGGCAGGCCUCGGGGAGGGUGUUAGGAAUACACGAGUCAGCAGCAGUAAUGGGAACAAUGGCUCAGCAAAUGUGAAUGUUGAUAUGGAUCAGACCCUGCAGAGCGAGCCCAGGCUGCGACUGCUCCUGGCUGAAAAUUUGUUGCGAGACACCAUUACCCUGAUUCAGAGACUGGAGGGUCAGCCCAUGGAUGCGUCCUCAGCGCAGGAGUCUGCACCUCCUCCUUCUUCCUCCGCCUCUACACCUUCUCCUUCUGUCCAUCCUAUGGAUACAUCCCCACCGCCAACCAGCUCACCUCCAUCAUCCUCUACCUCCACUCAGACUGAUAAUGCACCUCCUCCUCCUCCUUCAGGCCCCAACCACCCCAGCCCUGCAGUACUGGUCGAGAUGUUAGGUGAGCUGAGAAGAGUAGAAGAGAGGCUCCAGCCGUUCAUCCAGAGAGCUCACUCCAUCCUGGAGGCAGCCACCACUGCCGAUUACAACAAUAAUACACAGGAGAGAGAGGAGGACCAGCAUGUUCUAAACCUGGUGGGAGAAGCUCUUCGGCUUUUAGGAAACGCUCUAGUUGCCCUGAGCGAUCUGCGCUGUAAUCUAUCGAGUGCACCUCCCCGUCACCUGCAUGUGAUCCGGCCCAUGUCUCACUACACUUCCUCUGUUCUGCCACCAGGUGGAGUGCCUCACAUGCCUAUACAGGUUAAUUUGGGGACCACAGUGACCAUGUCAACUAACGGCAGACCACAAGCUGAGAGUCAUCCUCAACCUGCUGACCAAUCAGAGCAACAAGGGCAGGGACAAACGCCCACCCCACAGCCAGGUAUGGCCAAUCAGCAGACUGGACAGCCAGGGCCCAGAGUGAUACGCAUAAGCCAUCAAACCAUGGAGCCAGUGGUGAUGAUGCAGAUUAACAUUGAUGAUAAUGGAAGUAAUGCCCAUGCCCCUGGACAACAGAAUGCUGCUGGUACUGGACAGUCCGGCACCACUCCUAUACAGAUACCUGGUUUACCUCCAGAAUUCAUGCAAGCCAUUGUAAAUCAAGUUACUCAACAAGCUAUGGCCAUGGCGAGUGCUGCUGCUGCUGGUCAACACGGACAACAAAUCCCAAGCCCUGCCGGCACAGGUCUUACCCCUGCUGGCACAGGUCCCGCCCCUGACUCUACAGGUCCCGCCCCUGACUCUACAGGUCCCGCCCCUGACUCUACAGGUCCCGCCCCUGACUCUACAGGUCCCAGCCCUUCCGCCACAGGUCCCAGCACAAGUCCCACGCCUGCUACCACAGGUCCUGCCCCUACCGGCACAGGUCCUGUACCGGCCGGCACAGGUCCCCCCCCUGCCGGCACAAGCCACGCCACAGCUGGUGCAGGCCCUACUCGUCCUCCUUUUCCUCCUCACCCACAUCAAGCUAGGUUUGUAUUCACCUUACCUUCCUUUCGUCACCGCAUGGCAAAUCCUCCCUUCACCACCAGAGGAACCACCAUCAAUAUGCGAACUGCUCUUCCUCCUACCAUGGGUCAGCAUCCAGGCCAGGCUACACCCAUGAAUCCAGCUGCUAUUAAUCAAAUGAUUAGUGGAAUGAUGGGACAGCUCUUGAUGGGGGUUUCAAGCCAGAUGAACAGUGAUGGCACUACCUUCUCCUCAUCCUCCUCGUCCUCUUCCUCCUCCUCCUCCUCCUCUUCCUCUCAGACAUUCACGUUUUCCACCUCACCUUCCUCUUCCUCUUCAUCUAAUUCCUCAUCCUCAACCUUUCCCCCAACAUCUGAAUCUACCACCAGUGCCUCAGGACCCACACACUCCACAAGCACCAAUGCAAGCAAUGCUCCCCAGCCUGGACCACCCCCUGCACCUGCUCAGGGGCCUCCCUUAAUAGGCAACUUGGACCAACUUCUAGGCUCUGUCCUCGGAGGGGUGGCAGCUGCUGGCCAGGCUCCAGGAGCAAAUCCUUCUGUUACUAUGGCAAUGCCAGGAAUACCGGCCUUUAUUCAGGGAGUCACUGACUUCAUACAGGCCUCACAACAGAGCCAUGUUCAGCCCCCGACAGCUCAACCAUCAGGCCCCACUCCUACUCCUACAACUGCUGAACCACAAUCAGAGCCUCCAGGAGGCGCGGCAUCUGAAGAAGUCCUGGACCCAGAGCUGUUCACUGGGAUAGUGCAGGGCGUCCUUUCCACUAUGAUGGGCUCUCUAGGUGCCACUCAGAACAACACUGAGAGCAUUGCUCAGUUCAUUCAGAGACUCUCCCAGACCAGCAACAUUUUCACCCCCAGCACAGGAGAAGCCAUGGGUUUCUUUGGGGACCUGUUGACUCUUGUGUGCCAGAACUUCUCCAUGGUGGACAUGGUGCUGCUGCUCCACGGUCAGUCUCAACCACUAAGCCGUAUCCAGCCCCAGCUAGCCCAGUUCUUCUCAGAACACUUUCUGCAGGGCAGAGAGCCCACUGAAGCCAACAUAGCAGCAGCUGCAGGUAAUCUAAUUGGGGAACUAGAUGAAUACAUCACGGAGAGUUUCUCAUCAGUUACAGUACGGGACGGGCUGGACAUCACACAGACGAACCGAGCAUUUCUAAGGCAGCAACUUAUUGACAUCGCCACGCACAUUCUUCGAUGCACCGAUCACACUUUUGGACCACACUUGCUGCAGCUGUGUAACCGUGCACUAUUCGAGUGUUUGGCCCUCAAUCUGUACUGCCUGAGAGGAGAGCAGGGUGCCCUUACUGCAGUCAUCAACAACCGCAUUAGGACCAUGUCAGCUGAAGUGAACCCCAGUGUAGUGAACUGGUUGACCAGUAUGAUGACUAUGAGACUGCAGGUCAUUCUGGAGCACAUCCCAGUCACAGAGGCGCAAAUCCUGCAUUACGUUGUCCACGCUCGGAGUGAAGAAGCAAGAGAGGCACACGAGUCAGAAAGUCAUCCUAUGGAGAUGGAUGACACUCUCUCUCCCACUCCAGCUACCACUGCAGAGGAGGCCAUGGUAAGCUCCCAGGAGGAAGGGGCAGUUGGAGGAGGUUCAGCUGGAGAGAUGGGGGAAGCAGCAGGUGGAGAGGAGCCUGGAGAAGAAGCUGAGGCCUGGGCAGCUGCUUUACCUCCUGAGUGGGUGCCCAUCAUCAGACAGGAUAUAAACAGCCAGAGGAAGAUGAAGGCCCAGCCUCCUCUAUCUGAUGCAUAUCUGCAAGGGAUGCCUGCAAAGCGCAGAAAGACGGCACAGAGCGACGGUCCCAGGCUCACACUCUCUGAGGCAGUGAGCCAAGCGGCGAGAUCAGUUGGUGUCGCACCCGUCACAUCACCCAGUGCCUUACAGGAAGACCUUGAGAGACCAGAACUACAGGAGGCUUAUGCACAACAGAUGAAAAACGACAUCAAACAACAAGUAAGCGAGGACCCCAAUUUCAGCUCUCGAAGGUUUCCCAACACACACACGGUCUUCUCACCAGACUCAUAACCUGCAUAUACAUCUCCUCCAUGGCCCUCCUUCGUCUGCAGCAUGUGUAUGCUCUUUCUGCUUUCUUUUUAAUUAUCUGAGUUUAACAAAAGACCUAGAAUUUUGAAACUAUCAGAAGAUUUUAUGCUGUCUUAUUGCUUACGACUCUAGUAUUAAAUUAUUCGACAAGACUGCAUUACGGAUUGUCCAAGAGCCGAGUCUGUGACCGUUUUUCUCCGGUUUGUGGAAAGGACGCGCAGCUGGAACUUGGAGAGAAGACUGGGUAAAAGAGGACGAUAAUGUUAAUGUUGAAUGAAUCCUUACCUUCUCUGUUUGCCAAGAUCGUGAUCAGGUAUAUAAACAGACAUAUCAUUUAAUUAUGCUGAGUAUAUUACUGAUAUUUAAGUAUAACUUGCUCCCAUGUUUAAUCUCUUAAAAUAUUCAAAAAAUCGUGAUAUUGUUACAAAGGUAAUUCCAUGCAAAUGGUAACCUUGAAGUCCCGGGGGGGGGGGAUCAAAUAAAACCAGCAGGAAUGUCUAAAAUGACCAUUUCUGUUUGAAGGUGAUAUGUCCAUUAUUUAAUGAGAGAGAUCAAACCCCCAUUACACAUUAUAACUUGUAGUUUUCCUGCUCAGUGUCCUCAGUAAGGCCGAGGUUAAAUCCAGGCUGGAGGAGAUUCUGAUUUAAUUCUUUAUUCAUUUUCUUUGUGUCAUAGUAAACCAUGCAUCCAGCUGCUCUCUGUUAGUCAGUGAAGGGCUGAUUCAAACCUCUCCCAUCCAUAGCACAUGCUUUAACUUUACUAACGUGUGUGUAUAUACCAAAUCAAGAAAUAUUUUUACGACUAUAAUUAAUGUUUAUUCAAGUCUUUUUAAUACAUGUACAAUUUUCCUGUUGAAGUCUUUAACAUUCACAGCAUUUAAGUGCACUGCGUCUUCAAUAAAAUAAAUAAAUAAAUAAAUAAAUAAACCUCAUCAGGAUUUAACUAUAUUCACAAUAACAUUUUCACGGAUAUGAGGUCAAUAUCAGUUCAUAUGUCAAAUCUAUAACGCUGGAAUAACACACACCCCCCCCCCUUUUUUUCUCUUUUUUUCCUCUUUUUUACUUUUCAGUUGCCUGCUGUGUAAUUCAGAGGGAAAAAGUCAUAUUGAGUUUUGACAUUAUGAAUGUAAAAUGCCUAAAAUUAAACCGCUUUGAAACAUAAA